CGACGACAAUGGUCUCUGAUUGCGUCUGCAUUUCUUGAACAGUGAAGCAGAAUGAACCCAGUCAACACUAAGCCAUAUCAGCUGCCAGCUGAUGCUACCUGGUUCAUCACCGGGUGCUCCAGCGGCAUUGGUCGUGCCAUCGCAGAGCUCGUCGCCAGCAAGGCCGGCCAGCGCCUCAUCGCAACAGCCCGAAACCCCUCCAGCCUGUCAUAUCUUCCCGACAACGACUCCAUUCUGAAGUUAACUCUGGACGUUGCAUCUCCCGUCUCGGUGGGGAAGGCGUUUAAGGCUGCUGCGGACCACUUUGGAGACAAGUUCCACAUUGACAUUCUCGUCAACAAUGCCGGAUACGAGCUGGCAGGCGACACAGAGGCGGCGACUGAGGAAGAAAUGCACGACCAGCUCGAGACCAAUUUCUUCGGUACCGUACGCGUGGCAACGAACGCCACCCGAGUGAUGAGACAGUCCAAGGAGCACCGCGGUGGCAUCAUUUUCAAUAUAUCCUCGCUCGCUGGCGUUGCCGCUUUUCCCGGCCAGGCCUUUUACCACGCGAGCAAGUUUGCUGUGGAGGGCUGGUCAGAGUCUUUCGCGCGGGAACUGCACCCCGACUGGAACAUCAACAUCUGCGUCGUCGAGCCUGGCGGCGUAAAGACAGAGUUCGAGCACGGAAGCAAGAAGCAUAUCAAGGUUCACGAGGCCUACGACGGGGCCGACAUGCCUGCACGUCAGCUGGCUGCUUGGGUCAAGAAGGCCGCGGCUUCCGGUGGCGGCACACCGCCUUCUGCCGUGGCCGGUGUGCUGUACCUCGUCGCCAGCCGAAACGAUAAAGUUCCUCUGUGGCUACCCCUGACUACCACGGCGGCUCAGUUGAUAAAGAUGAAGUCGCAGGCGCGCCUUGACAACCUGGAAGCGGUGAAGGAUCUUACCCCUAUUGACAAGAAAUAAGUCAAGGGCCCUGAUUGAAUGAGUCGUUCAUUGCCACUGUCUGUAGAUACCUACAAACCUAAAACGACUAUAAAAUCCCAGGAAGUGGCAUGCCUUGUCAGUUCUAGUUCAACUUGCGUAUAUAUGUUUAUAUAAUAUCGCAAUUGCAUAUCUUACGACGAACAUGAUGUGGUAAAAUCAAUUACUGCGAUAAG